AUGCCUAAAUUCAUUGUUAACACAAAUGUAAGCAAGGAUAAGGUUCCAGAAUCUUUUACAGGGGAGUUCAUGCAACAGUUAUCAAAAGCAUUGGACAAACCAGCACAGUAUCUAGCAAUACAGAUCUCUCCUGAUCAGAUGAUGUCCUUCGGUGACUCCACAGACCCUUGUGCUAUGUGCUUUCUCUACAGCGUUGGCAAGAUAGGAGAGCAGGAGAACAGGGUCUACUCCAAAUUGCUUUGUGAUCUGCUGAACAAAGAGCUGAAAAUACCAUCUGACAGAAUCUAUGUCAGCUUCUCCAACAUCAGUGCUGGCAACGUGGGCUGGAACAACACCACCUCUGCUUGA